AUGAUUAGAGAUUUAGACACAGAGAUACCAUUUAUUACUAUGAAUCCUGAUAAUAUACAAAAAUAUAAUAUAAAUCCAGUCAAUAGUAAUUAUAUCUUUCUAUUUGAUAUAGAUGAUACACUCUACAAGGCAUCUGAAGAGAUGCACAAUUUAGAAAUGGAAAAAUGGUAUUCAGCAUACAAGCAUUUUAAAUUAGAAGUUCCUUGUGCUCUAGAUUUUAAUACAUUGUUAGAUUCUAAACCACUGUACAGUGAAGCAUUCUAUUAUCAUUUUAAUAAAACACCAUAUGAAGUAGAAAAAGUUAAGGGAUUCUUAGACUACAGUAAAUUUGUAAAAAGAAAUGAAGAUUUAAAAUUAUGCCUUAAAAAUAUAAAACACAGGAAGUGGUGCUUUACUAAUGGCAUGAAAUGUAGAGCAGAGCCUAUUUUAAAAUGUCUUGAUCUUCUUGACACAUUCGAGGGUGUGAUAUGCAUGGAUAAUAAAUGUCCUAGUAACUUAGUGUUAGGUAAACCUUAUAAACAAGUAUACUACUUUGUAGAGGAGUUAUUGAAAAUUCAAGAUAAAAGUAAAGUGUACUUCUUUGAUGAUUCAAUUGUAAAUAUUAAUAUUGGUAAGAAAAUGGGAUGGAAUAGCUUUCUUAUUGAAAAAAAAGAUAAUAUUAUUAAUGUAUUGAAUGAUGUGAUGGAUAAGAUUGCUGAUGAAAUGGAAAGGUAA